UUUAUCUAACAAGUCCUUUCUACUGUCCUCUUUUCUUUUGGAAUUUUCUUUGAAUGAUCAGUUUGAACCAUUUUUGGCUUCUCAGUGACUUUGAUGGGCCUUCUAGAUCGUGUCUCCGGUCUCCGGCACUGCCGCGGUCACCGAAGCAAUAAGCUCAAAAAGCGCAAGCAGCUUCAGACGGUGGAGAUAAAAGUGAGAAUGGACUGCGAAGGGUGCGUGAGGAGGGUGAAGAAAUCGGUGGAAGGCAUGAAGGGGGUUACACAGGUGGAGGUGGACCCCAAGCAGAGCAAGCUCACUGUGAUCGGGUACUUGGACCGCAAUAAGGUGUUGGCACGUGUCAGACAUCGAACGGGGAAGAAGGCCGAUUUGUGGCCCUACGUGCCGUUCGAUGUGGUGCCGCAUCCCUACGCCCCUGGGGCGUAUGACAAGAAGGCCCCACCCGGCUACGUGCGGAACGUGCUGGAUGAUCCUGAGGCUUCUUCUCUUGCACGUGCCAGUUCUUUCGAGGUCAAGUACACCACCGCCUUCAGCGACGACAAUCCGAAUGCUUGUGUAGUCAUGUGAGACUCUUGAGUUGAGUGUGUAUACGUGUAUGGUUCUGAACAAUGUGAAGUGCUUUUUUUUUUCUUUUUUUUUUUUUUAAUGUACCUUAUGUGAGAUGUUAAAAUAUUAAUUAAGUUAUUGAAUUUAUUUGUUUU